AUGGCAUCUUCUUCUACAAAUAAGGAGAAAAAUGUGGAAGAAGUGGCCAAGAACUUAAUAUCCUUAAUUCAGAAGACUUUGGAACCUACAAAUGAACCAAGUUCUUCCAAUGUAGCAGUAAAUCUGCCCAGACCAGUUCCAAGUGUAGCAUCAGAAAUGCAGAGUCCAGCUAAUGUAACGCCUAAGGCAGAUGAGGACUUGAGGCAUUCUCAGGCAGGGUUAGGUCUAAAAGUCAUUAGUUUGGAUGAAGAUGCUUCACAUCAACAGAUUUCUCAAGAGCUGAUUAUGGAAUUCCCCAAGCUACAGAUCUUAAAAGGCUCAUGGAUGUUUUAUAAGGCAACAGGAGGAGGGGGCCAAAGAAAGCUGACAGUUGUAAGCCCCCAAGCGGAUGGUUAUACAACACCAUACCUUAAGAGAGCAUCAAAUGGAGGGAAGAUCACAUUGUACAUUGCACCAAUACAGGGAGAAUUGGAUAUAACUCCUCUCGAAAAAAAUGCAGCUGAAUUUAUGAGUUGCGAAAUCAAAGAAAUGGACAAAUCUGAUGUUGAGUGUGUCGAUCUUGAUGAAAAACCCAAUGCAAAAAUCCUCACACGAAAAACAACAUCCAAAGAAGUGAACUCCACGCCUCAGCCGACAUCCAAAAAAGUGCUAUGCCCUAUAUGUGACCAGCUAUUCGAUUUGGAUAAAGUGGAGUUUCAUGCUAGUUUUUGUGUUGAGAGCAUUUGCGGUGAUGAUGACAAUAAGGCCCAAGGUUCUGAUAAGAUUUUUGAGUCAGCCCCGAGCACUUCAGAAAACUGGAAAAAUGCUAAAGAUCCAAAAAGGGCCAUUUCACUUUUUAAUAAGGAACUACUGAAGAGUAAUAGCUCAAAGCCAGCAAAUAGUUUUACUUUCGACUUAAGAACUGGCCCAGAGGAACAGGAUAGGUCCUAUGUGAGCUUUUAUAAAAGCAACGGUGUGGAGUGGGCAUCUCCACUAGCGUGUACACUUGCAGGUGAUGCAGCAGUGGGACUGGGUGUCAAUAGGCAUGUUAUGUCUACAUUAAUGAACAAACUGAGGAGUGGAUUCCACAUCAAUGUUGGACAUGGUCCAGUUACAAAAAUAUUUGAUGGCCAAAGCGACCAUUUGGUUCCAUCAAAUUCAGCAAUGAUGCUAGAGGGUGAACUGUUUCUCAUGGCGGGAAGAAUGCUGGGCCAUUGUUUCCUCUACGGAGGGCCUGGUUUCCCUGGUCUGAGUCCUGCCAUAAAGCAUGUACUGUCUGGUGGCUCCAUUGAAACUGCUACUGUUGUAGUAGAGGACUGUCCUGAUUUGGACCUGAGAGAUACUAUUGAUCUUCUGAAGAAAACUGACCUUAAAGAAGAGGAACGGCAAAACCUGGUUAAACUCUGUCUUGCUUGGGAUUUGCCUCUUCCUACUAAAGACAACAUUAAAUGUCUCCAUGAGAAGCUCCUCCUUCAUGCGGUUUUAGGUCGGGCAUCCAAACAAAUAAAACAGAUUCGAAAAGGGCUGAAAGAAACGGGUAUCUGGCCUUUACUCUGUGAGAGAGAUGAUGUGGUGAAAUUGUUUUUCCCAUCAGAAGUUGAUGCAGAGAUCACAGCGGAGAUGAUUCUUUCGCCGAUUCAAUGGCCAAUUCCAAGCACAGAUUCUGACUCGGAUGACGAAGAUGACUGCUCUGUUGAAGAGAUAACUCGUACCUGUGACUAUUUAAAGACUUACGUUAAUCAAGCUUCUUCGGAAAAAAGGAAAAGUCUUCUCAAGUUCUGGGUGGGCUGGGAAGUCCCUCAAACUCGGCUUACUGUUAAAGUCCAACGUGGCCAGUUUCCUAGAUCCAUGACGUGCAUGGACACCAUCAAGUUACCGUCACAUUACAAAACCUACCAAGAGUUUGAAAAAGACUUGGAUGCGGUCAUUGCAACCUUUGACACCGGUUUUGGAUUGCCUUGA